AUGUCGUCAGCGCAAUCCCUUCAUCAGCCACGUUCAACUACACUCAGCUGCGUUAAUAGCGACGAUGUCACAAGAGACCCCGAGUGCCAGUUAGCUCGUCUUGAAGACUGGGCUGCCAUGACAACCAAAACUUGGGCGAAAGAGGUGCAGUUAGAGCUUCAAGCGGAACGAGACUACUUGGAGCACGAGGUGAAGCGGCGACUGCAAGCGCUGGUCAUCAACAAUGACAGGGAAGGUCAUGACGGCAACUACAUAGUACGUUGCCUUGUGCUUGAGAGGGGUUUACUUCAGUCGGAGAACCUGAGACUUCAACAGAGACUUAGUGUUUUCGAUCACUUUAUGAUCCAGUCGAACAAAGCCGUUCAAGAUAUUUCUCCUCCCCAAAGAGAGGACUCGGUGUCUCCGAGUGUUCGUGAGGCGAGUCAGUCUGCCCCGUGGGCGACGCACGUAGCCCCCCAUGGACCUGGCUGGCGCGUGUACUUCCCAAACGAUAAGCCAUCGUUCUACUUCAGUCCAUGCACGCGCGAAGAGUACGACUCCAAAUUCGACCAAUGCGAUGAGAUACUCGCAGCGAAAUUACCGGUUUCUUCGAUCAUGGGAAGGCUCUUCGGCUAG